UCCCCCCCCCCCCCCCCCCCCCAGUCAUAUUACGCACAACGCUCAAAAUCGAGAGAGUGCAAGCAAAAGCAAGAAUUUGAGUCAGAACCAUGAAAAGGAUCAACAGCUCAGGAGACCCUUCUGCUCAGUUGGUCUCUCUCCAGUCAACGAAAGAGGAGAAAGGAAGGAAGAAGGCCCAAAUCUACAGUAGGGAGUUUCAAGCAAUGCUGGACAGUUUGGACCGGGAAGAGUGCGGGGACGAGCUCGGGCCGGUCGGGGACAAGAAGCGGCGGCUCAGCUUGCAUCAGGUGAAGGCGCUGGAGAAGAACUUCGAGAUCGAGAACAAGCUGGAGCCCGACAGGAAGGCCAAGCUAGCCGAAGAGUUGGGGCUGCAGCCGCGGCAGGUCGCGAUUUGGUUCCAGAACCGGCGUGCCCGUAACAAGACCAAGCAACUGGAGAGGGAUUACAGCAUCCUGCAAGCAAAUUACGAUUCCCUCAAGCUCGAUUACGACAAUCUCGAGCAAGAGAAAGAAGCUCUUGAUGCGGAGUUGAGAGAGCUAAAACUAAAGCUCCAUCAACGAAAUGUGGGCGGACAUGAUUCCAGUUCAGUUCCUGCAGAAGACUCGCCGGUUUCUGAUUCCGCGAACAAUGCAUCAGUCAGUGACUACAACGCUAUCGGGAUUAUGCCUGAACCCUUCGGCAAGAUAAAGGAAGAGGACCCGAACUCGAACCCGGGAGAGCCUUUUGUUUCGAGCUCGUCUUUCUGCAAUCCUCCAGCACACCAGAUGCUCAGCUGGAUUCAGUUCUCGGGUCUGAGGUCGAUGAAGAUGGAUGAGCAGCAGGGAUUUGAGGGCGCAGAGGAGUCCUGCGAUAUCUUCUCAGUGGACCAAGCUCCUACCCGGCACUGGUACUUCCCAUAGCAGCAACCGAAAAGUCCCCCGUGGUUUCACUUUCACCUGAUGUUAUCGAUGAAAAAUCAUCUGUAAAAUCUCGUAGUACUGCCCUGUAUGGGAAUAAUUUGCCAAUUCAAAGGUGACAUGGAUCUUAUGUGGGAGUUGCAAGUCCUGCAAAUUGUCCUAGAUAUUAGAUCUCAAUGUUACUAUAGAUCAACAUCGUCUCUUCCGAGCAAUUUUGACGAACUGCUGGACAAUUCUCUGAA